AUGAAGCUCUCUGCUAGCAUCGGUGCUCUCUUGGCAAUCGUCUCCUUCUCAGCUGUUAAGGCUGCUCCUGCUGUAUCUACUGUUCUUAACGGGAGUUCACAUACUUUUACUCUUACCAACAACCCUAGCUUCAAGCCCAAUGCUACUCGUGCCAUCUUGAAGGCCAGGGGAAAGUAUGCCAGAUUCUCCAACGACCCAACUACCUUUGCUACUGGAACCAUUCCUAUGGUUGAUUAUGAGGGUGAUGUUGAGUACUAUGGUACCGUUCAGGUCGGAACUCCUCCUCAGUCUCUCAAGCUUGAUUUUGAUACUGGAUCUGCUGAUCUCUGGUUUGCUUCCACUCUCUGCAGCAGUUGUGGAUCCGGCCAGACCAAGUACAAUCCUUCCAAGUCUGGCACUUACAAGUCUAGUUCCAAGACCUGGUCCAUCAGUUACGGUGAUGGAUCCUCUGCCAGUGGAACUGUUGGUUAUGAUACAGUCAAUCUUGGUGGACUCUCAAUCACUGGUCAAGGUAUUGAACUUGCCAAGAAGGAAUCUAGCUCUUUCCAAAGCGAUCCUGUUGAUGGUCUUCUCGGACUUGCCUUCGAUUCCAUCAUCACUGCAUCUGGUGUCAAGACCCCUAUGGACAACUUGAUCAGCCAGGAUCUGAUCAGCCAGCCUAUCUUUGGUGUCUACCUUGGAAAAUCUAGCACUACUGGUGUUGGGGAGUACGUUUUUGGUGGUUACAACUCUGACCAUAUCGACGGUGACUUAACAACCGUCCCUAUCGACAAUUCUGAUGGUUUCUGGAAGAUUUCUGUUGAUGAUGCUACUGUUGGCUCUUCCAGCACAGGAAGCUUCGAUGCUAUUAUUGACACUGGAACCACUCUCCUUGUUCUCACCCAGAGUGUUGCUGAUAGUAUCGCCGAGAUCUAUGGUGCUACUGAUAAUGGUGAUGGUACUUACAACAUCGAUUGUGAUACUUCCAACUACGAGCCUUUGGAAUUCUCCAUCAAUGGUGCCACAUUCAGUGUCCCUCCCGAAGAUAUUGUCUUCCAGCAAUCUGGCUCAUCAUGUGUCGCCAGUUUUGGCUAUGCUGAUAUGGACUUUGGCAUUCUUGGCGAUGUCUUUAUCAAGAACAAUUAUGUUAUCUUUAACCAGGAAGUUCCCGAGGUCCAGAUCGCUCCCGUUAAAUAA